AAUCCUUUUCUUUUAUCGAACGCGCCAUCAAACCACCAAACUGCCAUUGAACAACAACAACUCCCAAAAAAGAGAAAAGCCCACCAUGUCCGACAUGCAAGCUGCCCUCCAAAAAGCCCGACACAGACUCCACAACAGCGACAAACCCUGGACAACAUCCCCAAGUCUGACCCCCACACCCUCCCCAUCCCCGCGCUCCACCAACCCCAUCUCAACAGCGCACUCCUCCGGCCUCCCAAAAAUCGACAUAUCCCCCUUCCUCAACUCCACCUCGCCACCCUCCUCACGCCUCAAAACAGCCCAAGCCAUCAACGCCGCGUGCACAACCUACGGCUUCUUCUACCUCACCGGCCACGGAAUCCCACAAUCCCAACUCGACUCCGUUAUCUCGCUCGCUCGGCAAUUCUUCGCCUUGCCACUGGAAGAGAAGGUCAAGAUUGAGAGAUUCGACGCAGGAAGCCCACAAGGCGGCGACGGCGCACGCGGGUACCAGCGCUUAUGUACUGACGAUGAAGGCGGCGGAUUGCAGGAUUUACAGGAAGCUGUGGAUUUUUACGCCGAGUGGCCGGAGGAGCGGCGGGAGGAGGGGGAUGCGGGGCCAGGCAGCGUUAAGAGUCUUCAAGGGAGGAAUUUGUGGCCGGAGGAACCGGCGGGGUUGAGGGGCGUGUAUGAAGAGUAUAUUGCGAGGGUGAGUAAAGUUGGUGAGGCGUUGGUACGGGCGAUGGGGGAGGCGUUGGAGUUGGAGGGUGAGGGGGAGAAGGAAGUUAUUGAAGGGGCUUGUAGGGGAUCGUUUUGGGUGGUGAGGAUGAUUGGGUAUCCGCCUUUGCCUUCUCCUCCUGCUUCUACUGCGCGGUCGACGAGUGGGGAGGGGGAAGGAGAGGAAGAACAACAACAGCAGUUUUCUUGUGGCGCACACACGGAUUACGGGUGCGUUACUCUUCUUCUCUCCGACGACACGCCCAAUGCACUGCAGAUUCAACUUAAAGAUGGGACGUGGCUUAAUGCCGAUCCUGUGCCUGGCGCAUUCGUAGUUAACAUUGGGGAUAUGAUUGAGCGGUGGACAAAUGGGUUGUGGAAGAGUACACUGCACCGGGUUAUUCAUCAGACAGGGAAUAGGUAUAGGAUUAGUGUUCCGUUCUUCUACGAGCCGAAUUUCUACGCGGAGGUUGCGCCGUUGGAGACGUGUGUGGAGAGGACGGGGGGCAAGAGGGUGUAUGAGAGUAGUAUGUAUGGAGAGCAUUUGUUGACGAAGGUGUUUAGUAAUUUUUAUUAUAGUAAGAGGACGGACUGGUAAGAUCGCAUGUAUAUACG